CCCGACUAAGUACAACAACCUUAAUGUUACAGCUGGUUAUUGAAUGGUUUUAGCUGGUAGUGUUGUUAAGAGUAUAGGUAGGUUGUAGACUGUCAAACAGAUAGGUAGUUAGUGUACCCAUACAAUGUAUCCUUACGAUGGCAGCAGGGAGAGCGCGCGGGUGGGUAAGGGUGUGUGGCUGUGAGGCUUGGGAGGAGAAUGACCACAGACACAGACACAGACCGCUGACCAGAAAUAUCUCGUAGCUACUAUAAUAGUAAAUUAGCCCGGCUUCAAAUGUGCCGAAGUACAGGCCAUGAAACAAGCAGCAUAAGUAACCGACUUAAAUUUUGUGUUUGUCUAGCCAUUAAAUCCGCAUAUAAGUGCGCUUGUGGGCGAAGAUAAAAAACCGUGUCUGAUAUCAAUGGGAUGGUAAGUCGUUGGCUUGCGGCUGACACUGGAAAUGUGCAAUGUCGCCGCAUUCUGGGGGAGGGACCUGCCACUGCUAUCGCACAGUACUUUCUUUCCCACGCACUUGGACACCAAAUAUCAAGUACUCGCCGAUAUAUCCCUCCUAUGACACCAUCCCUGCCGGCUCGCAGCCAAUUCGAACUACCAGCCAGGAAACCAACCGCCGGUCCCCAAUCAGGCAUCAUCGUCAACGGCGGCCACGAACACCGCCACCAAACCAUGUGUAGAUAACUUGUCAAGUAUCCCUCUUUUUUCCGUUGGAACGUUGGAAUCGUAGACCGACACACACAUACACAACGCACGCACGCGCGCGCACACACACACACACCUACAAGCGCCAUCAUGACCGUGCCGCUGUCGCCGAUGCUGCGGACCGCCGUCUGGGUCGUUGCGGCCCCCCUGGGUCUCUACUUUACUUUUCUCGCCCUCGGCGCAACGCCUUUCUUCCAACGACACUUUCUGUAUGCACACAAGAUCAACACCCUCUGGUGGCGCGACGUCAACGAGCCCGAGAGAUGGGGUUUUGCAAAGGGCCAAGUCACGCCUUUCUCGCUCGACACCCCUGACGGCGUCAGCCUGUACGCCUGGCACAUCAUGCCCCUGCCCGAGUACCUGAAGCAGGAAGAAAGAUUCUCGGUGCAGAAGUCCGGCUUCUGUCAUGACUUCACCCAGACCGAGUCCUUCAGGGCCCUGAAAGAGGACCCCGAGGCUCGUGUCGUCUUGUACUACGUGCUUCACCUUGAUGCGGACUGCAGUGGCCCCGUAAUACUGACUCACUCAUCCACCUCCCAGAACGCGGGAGAUGUUGCCCAGAACCAUCGGCCAGGCAGCUACCACGUCAUCACAGACACCUCGUCGUACCAUGUCCUGACCAUCGACUACCGAGGGUUCGGCCACUCGACCGGUAUCCCGUCCGAGGACGGCCUCAUCCAGGACGCCGCCACCCUUAUCGACUGGGUCAUCAACUCGGCCGGCGUGUCUUCGGACCGCAUCGUCCUCCUGGGACAGAGCCUCGGCACAGCCGUGGCGAGCGGCGUCGCCGAGCUGUACGCGUCGCAAGGCAUCGAGUUCGGCGGCGUCAUCCUUGUCGCCGGCUUCAGCAAUCUGCCCAAGAUGCUGAGCGGCUACCGCAUCGGCGGCCUCUUCCCCGUCCUGGGGCCCCUUAAAGUCUGGCCCGGCUUCCUCGAGUACAUGGAGACCUUCAUCUACGACAAGUGGCCCUCGGCCGACCGCCUCGAGAGCCUGGUCAAGCUGACCAAGAGGCGCCUCCGGCUGACGCUGAUCUCGGCCACGGACGACGCCGACAUCCCCUGGACUGAGAGCAGCAAGCUGUUUCGCUCGGCCGCCAACGCGACCGUCCCGGGCGGGCUCGAUGACCACUCCUUCGAGGCGUGGAAGGAGGUGCGCACGAUCCACAAGGGCGACAACGCCUUUUUGACGACGUGGAAUGCGGAGCCGAACGUCGUCAUCCGCCAGGAGAAGUUCCCUUACGGAGGACACAACGACAUCAUGGGAUACGCCCCCGUAAUCCUGGCCGUUAUGCGCUCAUUUGAUUUAGGAGGCACUGCGUACGAUACCGCCAGUUCGGACAAUGGCAGGACGUUGUAGGCACUUUCCAUAUUUUCAUGGUCUUCGUCUUUGCUUUGGACCUCGGAUAGACUCAAGACGUAGCAUUAGAGCGGAGUCAACAUGGGUUUUGGGAGUGUCUGGUUUGGGAAGUGCAACGUUUACGAGGUUGGUGUUGUCUCGGUAAUGGCGCAGUAUCACCGGAAAGAAUCAUUAUUUGAUGUUGUGUUUGGAAUUGGCUGUGAAAGUUGAUGGACUCUCAAGGGCUACACUCUUCGAAGCCGUUCCUGGUCUUGCUGUGUGUGGUCUGCGAGUUCUGCGUCCACCCGUGCAAUGAAGCAAAGAAACGAUCCAGUAACCAUUGUAGGCCUGCUUUCAUCC